GUCUCCUCAGUGCAGAAAGAUAAAAAUUUUACAGCACGACGGAAAAUUAGCUUUUCUUGACUGUUUGCUGAUAUUUUGCGAUUUUAAAGGCAUUAAUCGGUAGAGCAGUUUUUCCAGUACACGUAGCUGAUAAAUUUCAAGCUACAGACGGUGUUUGGAACGAUUUAAACAUAAGUUAAAUUUUUAUCGAUACCGGAGUGAUAAUCGAAAUCCAAAAUGGCUGAUACCGAUGCGAACGGAUACAAUGAUGAGGCUAGUGAUUUUAAGCGGAACAACAAUAAAUCCAACCAGGAGCACGAAGAGGAUGACCAGGAAACGCAACAACAAUCGCAGAAGGCCCAGGAAUACAUCAAGGGUAUGAUGGCCGAAAGGAUGGAAAUGGAACGGAAGUAUCCGAUUGCGGACCGGUUGCUGGAAGUUGAAAUCGAAAGCGUGCAAAAGUCUGGCAAACCGCCAGCACGCCGGUACAUCGAUAUCUACCGAGAGAAACACAUCAAAGUGACAGUCAAGGUUCUGGUUCCGGUGAAGGAACAUCCACGAUUCAAUUUCGUCGGAAAAUUGCUCGGUCCCAAGGGAAACACCCUGAAGCGGCUACAGGAAGAUACCAUGUGCCGGAUGGCCAUCCUCGGGCGUGGUUCCAUGAAAGACCGCAAACGAGAGGAAGAACUCCGCAACGGAAUGGACACCAAAUAUGCUCACUUGUGUGACGAUUUGCAUGUCGAUGUGAGCGCCAAUGGUCCUCCGGCUGAGGUUCACGCCCGCAUUGCCUAUGCGCUGGCCGAGCUGCGUAAAUAUCUGAUUCCGGAUAGUAACGAUUUCAUCCGACAAGAGCAGCUCCGGGAGAUGAUGGAAGAUAUGGACUCUGAUAUUCAUAUCAAGAAACCGCCCUUCAAGAAGCAGGUUCCGAUGGUAGAAACAAUGCCAGUCGCUGCGGCACCACCUCCGCCUACGAUGGCUCCUGUUCGGGCCGUGCCGCCCCAGAAGAAGGUGCUGUCCAUUCUGGACAAAGCUCGAGCUGCUAUGGAGGAAACCUACGGAGCGAGACCCGUAGCACGCUAUGAAGAGCCAACCUAUGAGCACGCCUACGAACCGCCCGGCUAUUCGUAUCAUCAAUCGCCUCACGCGCCUCCUCCACCAAGACCAAAAUACGCCCCGGCCCCGGAAGCAGCAGAGUACGAGCCCGAAUACCGACAAGAGUAUUAUCAUCGCCCGGAACCGGCAAGACCCUACCCAGGCCAUCCAAAGCCAGCUCCGGUUGUUGCCACCAGACCCUGGAAGCCGCUCUACGCCGGACCACCACGCGCCCAACCGGAGGAGAUUCCCGGCAAGCGGGAAAUGAUGCCACGCUAUCGCCAUGCGCCGUAUUCUCGUCCGACCAAAUGAAGAGCUGUUCUAGAUCUCUAAGUUAACUCCUUUUUUUUUUUGAUAAAGAUAAAACACUCAACCGAACAUGGUACGGAACGACCGUACAAGUUGAGAAGCAUUUUAAGACAUUGGUUUCAGGAACCAAACUUUACACAAGGUGUCGUAUAAUCUCUUUAGGAUUUUUUUUAAAUAUUCAAAAACAAAACAUUUACAUUCAUCAAACUCAACGAGGCAACAGCGGUCGAGCAACGCGAGAGUGCCCAACGAAGCAAUAGGGUUUUAACGCAGAAGGAAAUCAAUGGAAGGAGAACCGCAACAUCAACAACAAGAACAACAACACUGUCGACGAACGAGAAGAAGAGAUAAAUCAUAACUAAACAAGCAAAACAAUUAACAUCAAAAAUCUGUUGCAGACACAAAUGAGAAAAAAUUCAAAGUCAAAUAAUAAUGAAAUAAAUCUAUAUAUAACCUUAAAUAAAGAAAAAAAAAACAAAUGUAACUUGAUUAAAAUAAAAAAAAACAUUGAAAUUCAUUCAACAUACAAAUUAAAUAAAGCUUGAAAAAUAUUAUCAACAAUAAAAUUUCACAUGUCUUCAAGCUGAAAGAAGUGAAAAAGAAAAACAACAAAAUAAUUCACAAAUAAAUACUGUCCAAAUUUAGCAGUUAAAAAAAUCACGCAAACAAUCGUAUAACUACACAAACAUAUGAGGAAGUUCCCUAUUUAAGCUUUGGAAAAAAAAAAAUCAAUUUUAACGAACAAAAUAUGUCCCACUCACACUAGCAUUGUCAAAUUUGAAAUCUUAAUUUAAUGAUUUGAAACAUGUACUACACUAUUUGCUAAUGCUAGAAGUUGACAAAAGGUUCGUAAACAUUUUUAAAAAGAAAAAUACAGAAAAUUCACACAUUGUAAAGAAAAGUAAAAUGUCAAACCUGUUCAGCUACUAUAAAGUAUCUAUGUAUCCACUUUAAAGUAUCAAAACAAAACAAAAAUAUGAAAAACCAUAAGCUAUAAAGCAUUGUAUUGAACUGUGAAACAGUACCUAAUAAUAUUCAACAAUAAAAUGUUGAUGGAAGACAUAAUAAACAAAUACCUGAGACGGAAAACUUUUUUCGAUGAUGAUAACAACACUCAACAUAAACAAAUUAAAAGCAACCAAACGAAAUAGGAAAUGGUAAACAUCUAGUGAAAAAGUGGUUUGGAGCCCAACACUUCAGAAUAAAAGCAGAAGUUUGUUUUUGAAGUUCAGUAACAAUUAAAAAUCUUUACAAUAAAAACUAAAGGGAUAAAGAAACAAAACAGAAAAAAGGAAAUGGUAAUUGGAAGAUUGGAUAUGAGCAAACCGUCAUUUGAAAGGGUGAUAAUAUAAAAAAAAUAUAUAUAAUUGUAACCAAACUGAAAAAACGAAACAUUCAAAAUAAAUCCUCUCAUCUCGAAAGACACUGAAAAAA